AUGUGGGAUAUUAUAAACACCCUCAUCGAUCACAAGGAGUUGGAUGGGAAAUAUCAAUUCCUAUUCAAACACCCCAUAGCUGGUCACUCCAAGAUGCUCCUGCCCAACAAUAGCUUCACAACAGUGGUAGAAGGCAACAACAUUGACUUCAGCCCCCCAUUACACACGUUAGUUGGGCAUGAGGAUGAACCCCUCUGUUGUGACUGCUCACAAGAGGUUGGACUUCUCCAAAAGUUCAACAAGUGGCAAGGGAAAGCCAUAAAGACGAUGAAAAAGUCCAUGGACAAAAUGGUGAGCAAGAUUAAGAGUUUGGAGAAGAAGGUCUCUGGUUCUUCAUCCAAGAAGAAGAAGACACCCAUGGCUUCUCCUUUCCCUAGGAGUCGAUCCCUCCUCACAACACCAAGGGGACUCCCUGCCCAAGAACCUCACAGAGCCUCGUCCUUUGAGCCAAGAGAAGGAGGUAGUCCACAUAGGAGAAGGAAGAGUUCCAGAGCCCGACGCUCCAACUCGACCAGUGGACUCGAUCGAGUCCAAACAGAGGAAAUUCAACUCGGUCGAGCUGAUGGUUGA